AAAAAAACCAAAUUGACAAAGCACAUGACCGACUUGAUUGAAGUGUACUCCUACGCCACUCUCUUGUCAUACUUUGAGAACAACGAGUUGUAACUUUAUCUAUCGUUCGGGUGUGUCGUUAUUUCACGUCUUUAUAACGUCGGGCAAUAUACUCAUUAUUGCUUGAAAGUCGCUAAAUACUGUUUUACAUCGACAAUUACUAAAAUUAGGUUAUUUAGGACAGGUUAUGCACUCUUUUUCUUGGAUUUGCAGGAUGCGUUUUUCAGUACUUCUUGUGGCAUGUCUUGUUGCCUUCUGCAAGGGUGCUGUCUUUCGAGCCACACCCAAAGGCAAGGAACCGUUCAUGACCGAAAUGAGACAUGUUAACUCGAUCAAGACCACCUGGAAGGCUGGCUCCAACUUUGCAGGCUACUCCAGGGAGGAUGUCGAGGGACUUAUGGGAGUGCUCACCCCGACGCCAGAGAAGUUCAAGCUACCUGUGAAGAAACCACAACAAUUUGGAGUGCCACACUUUCCCGAUGAGUUUGACUCUCGAGACAAGUGGAGUAGUUGCCCAAGUAUCAAGGAGAUUCGUGAUCAGGGGUCUUGUGGAUCAUGCUGGGCAUUUGGUGCAGUUGAAGCCAUGACAGAUCGGAUCUGCAUCUUCCAUGGGGUUCAAUUCCACUUGUCGGCAGAGGACUUGGCAACUUGCUGUGAAGACUGUGGUAAUGGGUGCAACGGAGGUUUUCCUGGGGCCGCCUGGCAGUACUGGAAAGAUACUGGCAUAGUGACUGGUGGUCCUUACAACAGCUCCCAAGGAUGCCAACCGUACAAAAUACCAGCGUGCGACCACCACGUCGUCGGUAAACUCACGCCAUGCAAAGGGGAUGAUCCUACACCAAAAUGCGCUAAGCAGUGUAUUUCGGAUUAUAAGGCGACAUAUGAGCAAGACAAAUAUUUCGGAAGAAGUUCUUACUCUAUUCCUCAGAACAAUUCUUACAUCCAGAGUGAGAUAAUGACAAGUGGACCAGUAGAAGCAGCCUUCUCUGUCUACUCGGACUUCCCAACUUACAAAACAGGUGUUUACAAACAUGAGACUGGAGAUUUUCUCGGUGGCCAUGCAGUGAAGAUCCUUGGCUGGGGGGUGGAGAGUGGAACAGACUACUGGCUGGUUGCCAACUCAUGGAACUCUGACUGGGGAGAUAAAGGUUUCUUCAAGAUACUGCGUGGAAGCGAUGAGUGUGGCAUAGAGUCAUCUAUUGUUGCAGGCACACCUGGCAUGCCUUCAUGGCUUUAGAUUCAACCUUUGCUCAAUAUCACUGCACUGCUUACCACAGACUUCUGCGCUUACUGUGAUCUGUUAAGUGGAGAAUUCCGCGGUAAGCAGAGCAAUUAGAUUGGGCUCUUGUGUUGUUGUCACAAGUUUUAUAAAAGCAGGGCUUGAAUUUGGCGGAAAAAUUCACAAGACUGCAGGGUUUAGUAGCUAAACAUUUUUACUGGACCUACAUUUAUUUUACAUUAAAAAAUGAGUUGAUCAAGUACUAAAAGAAGAUCUAUCUCAUUUGUCAUGCUACUCGAUACUGAACUGAAAAUACAUAUCGGGUUUAUUUCAACGUUUUUCACAAAGACUUUGAUAUUAAAGAUGCCGCACAGACGAGAUAUUACUAUUAUUAGUCAUUGAGCUUGUCCAGUCACGAUUUUACUGGCCCAACGGUAAACGUUCUGGGCCUUGGGCCUGCAGUCCAAUGUUAAUUUCGAGCCCUGAAAAACCUUGAAUAUGGGAGAGCAGGCUGUGUCCAAUUCAGUGGCUUUGGCUGUGACUGUUGCUAAGGGUGUUGCUAUGGAUGUGCGUUACUUCAACACUUGAUGAUGCAGCGAUCAAGCCGUAGCCGUAGCCUCCAAUUUGGACACAGCAUCUUUCAGCAGUUCAAAUGGCUUAUAUUCCAAAGACUGCAAUCAAACAAUGUAUUACACAGUUCUUAUACUUGUAUAGCAUUUAAUCUUCCAGUACGCGCUAAUCCACCAAUCAGAUGCCUGGAACUGGAG